UGCCCCGCUCCACCGCCCUCCGCCCGCUCCUCUCGCUCCCUUUCCGGCCGGAUCUUUCCCGCCCCAGGCCCCUCGGCCCUCCGGCCAGGUCGCUCUCUAAGAAGGCGGCGAUGACGGCGGCGGCGGCGGCGGCCAAGGCCCGGAUAGACGGCCGUGGUUCGGCGAUGGAGGCCCGGGAAGCGCAGUCCGGCGAGAUUCACGUCAUCGUCGGCCCCAUGUUCGCUGGCAAGACCACCGCGCUUCUCCGCCGCGUCCAGGCCGAGGCCGGCACCGGCAGGACUGUGGCACUCAUAAAGUCUGACAAAGACAAUCGAUAUGGAUUGGAUUCUGUUGUGACCCAUGAUGGCACAAAGAUGGCAUGCUGGGCUCUACCAGAGCUUUCAACUUUCCAAGAUAAAUUAGGGAGAGAGGCUUAUGAUAAGGUAGAUGUCAUAGGUAUCGAUGAAGCCCAGUUCUUCGAUGAUCUUCAUGAUUUUUGCAGCAAAGCUGCUGAUCAUGAUGGAAAAAUCAUUGUGGUUGCAGGGCUAGAUGGUGAUUACAAAAGGAACAAGUUUGGCUCAGUGCUGGACAUCAUUCCCCUGGCCAACUCGGUCACCAAGCUGACAGCACGGUGUGAGUUGUGCGAUCGCCGGGCGUCCUUCACACUGAGGAAGACACAGGAAACCAGGACCGAACUCAUUGGUGGAGCCGAUGUGUAUAUGCCUGUGUGCAGGCAGCACUACCUGGACGGGCAGAUUGUCAUCGAGGCCACAAGGAUUGUCAUGGAUAUUGAAAGAUCCACGGAAGUAGCUCGCUGCUAGUUAGGGGUGUGUGCCUUGCCCAGAAUAUCCCUCUCUUCAGUGCGUUAUUCAUCCAACAGCGUGUUGAGAUGUGCUACCAGUGUGUACCUGUUAUUGAUCAUCUGUGGCAGCAUGCCAGCCUGAGUUUCAGAUUAUGAGGCAAUGCCAUAUUACCAUAGGAGAACAUAAUUAAGUUGCAAUUUGAGCAGAUUGUAAAUAUUUACCAGUUGGGAAUGUUGGUGCAAACAGCUCUUCUUUUAGAAUACCCACCUGUUGUGACACAAUGGGGCAUAAGACAGAUUCUGGCCGGGAAGCAGUGCGUGUAAUAUGCGUUUAUUGGUUAAGAAACAUUGAUUGGCAUGAAAUUGUUAGUCCCUGUAUGAGGUAGAAUGAGAAACUGAAGAGGUAACAAAUGGUUAUGUAUUUAUUUGUGAGCAUGACUUAUAGUACGUUGUAAUUUGGAUGCUCCAGUUUGGAAA